AUGUCUACUAUACCGUUAAACGAACAUAGAAAAAAUAAAAAAACGUCAAGAAGUAAAGCAUACGGACAAGCCGAACAUUCAAGCUAUACGCACAUUAAUGAUGAGGUCGUUACAGCUAGGAAUUCAGCGUUGAAAAAACUAGCGGAACUAAAUAAUAUUGAUCACAUUGAUGACGAUUUUAUUGAAGAAAUAUCAAAAGAGCAAAAAGAAAGCGUAGACAAGAUCGAUCUAGCUCUGAUGGAAAUAGAAA